AAGCUAUGCUGCUAAAACCACGUCCUUAAAUGGACUAUGGUAAUGGUAUUUCAAGUGCACAACUUAUGAAAUGUCGAAUAGCAAGGUCACUGUGAGCAAUAAAUUACAAAGUAUAUGAAACAAUGACUUCGUGGCCUAGUUUAAGACACUUCCCCUCCGCAUCUGAAGGGAAUAGAAUAAAACACAGGAAACCACAAUCAAGAUAACCGAGAUUCGAGCGCGGGACCCCAUUAGUACGAAGCAGCGAGUGAUAUCACCUGACUACGACAUUCGAUGUGAUGAUAGUGUUUUGUACGAAGCGGUAGUUUAAACCUUCCAAUAAAGUUUAAGGAAGUGUCAGAUAACAGCAAAUGGAAAAGGAGCACUGAGUUUCCGUGGAAUUUUUUAUUCACGUAACUGACGCAGCAGCCAGGACGCCUUCUCAACGCCGGGCCUGGGUAGGGCUCCAGGGAGCUUGCAGUGUCCUUCAAGGCCGACCACAGUAACGUUCCAGCGUGCUACGAAUAUAAAUCUGUUCUCAUGUUCCCAUCAGGAAGAAGUCUGCUGAUAAUAUACCUGGCUGUACAACACCUGUCCUUGACGGUCAACUUAGAAGUACUAUGUUCCAUGGACAUUAAGAAGUCUACCAAAAGCACAGGCCUGGACACCUUAAGAACUGAUUACACUUCCACAGAAUCUGAUCAAUACGCCACUGCCACUAUAUACAACACUAUAAAAGAAAACAAUAAUAGUUCUUUCUAUACAUAUAUGCCAACAGAUGACCAUGGUAAUAUCGAUGAAAAUAAAAUACAUUUGGGCAAUAUGUUAAAUGAACAUAACAAAACUACAAUCCCUGAUGUCUUUAAUUAUCAGCUGAAAUCCAUACAUACGGACGUCUACAAUAAAACCAACGACAGAAAUAAAACAUGUGACGAAAGCAUGAAAAUCUUGAUUAGAAAUGAACUAGAAGAAUUUAAUAUUUUAAACAAUACAAUCAAAAUCAUGCUCGAAGAGGUUAUAAAUGGCACUUGGUCAUACAUCAACAAUCACGACGAAGAUGUAGGAUGUAACGCCACCAAUUUAGGUCGAGAGUAUUUACAGCGGAAAAGUAAUUUCCUCGUUAGAAUAAAAAACAUCAACACAUUUAUUGAUAAUUUUAACUGUACACCUAUACAUUUACCAGAGGAAGAAUACGAAGACGAACUUCGAAUACAUAAAAAUAUAAUUCUAAAAUUUAAGUAUCUGCGUGAUUUAAUAAGCGAUUACUACAAAAUUCAUGAGGCAAAGGAAGAAUCUGACAAUAUUAUUGAAAAAUACAACACAUUUCGUUAUCUUACUGAUCUCAAAAAAUCAAUUGAGAUAGGAGAAUCAGUGAAGGCAAUGAUAUACAGCAUUCUUCAAAGCGUCCAAUUCAUAAACAGUUUCACACAAGCCAAUAAUUUAGAGGAUAUUUAUGAAACUGAUUUCACAACAGAACUCCUCGAUUUAAAUGUGUGGAAAUUACAAUUAGACAACAAAACGAAAGAGUUGGAACAACUUAACAGAUACCUAGAAGAUGAAUCGUUCAGGGUUCUGAUGCAAGAAUAUAUACAGCCCACUGUACAAGGAAUAAUCUUCGUGAUUGGUUUCGUCGGGAACGGAGUCCUGGUGCUUAUCUUCGCCAGGCACAAAGAUACACGAACAGUUCCCAACAUUAUGUUGCUGAACCUGGCUGUUGGGGAUUUGCUUAAUCUCAUAGUAAACAUCCCGACAUUUUACUCCUAUUCCAUAUCGACAAAAUGGCAGUUUGGAUUAUAUCUGUGUAAAACCUACCGUUUUCUUCGUCAGUUGGGUAUCGGCGUCAGUGUGUACUCCAUAGUAGUCAUAAGUGUUCAGAGAUUCAUAGUCGUGACUGAGUCCAUCACAUUUCGAAGAUAUGGAUGCCAAAUACCGAACAAAUUGAAAGUGCCUUUACUAAUUUCAGUCGUUUGGAUUAUUGGUUCUAUGAUUGCCAUACCUCAUACUGUCUAUGCUGGAAUUUAUGAAGGUAACUGUUAUGGAGCUUCGGCUGAACAUCACUAUUACCCGAAGGCUAUCACUUUAAUAGAUCUCCUUUUCUUCUGCCUCAUACCUCUUGCCAUAAUAAUCUUAUUGUCAGUUUUGUCAGCUCAUCAGUUGAAAAAAAGUGUCCGAAAACUGCCCGGCGAAACCAUAGGAAUGGAGAAAGUUAUAAAAAUACGAAUUGUUAGUUCAAACGUCCUGAUAGCACUGGCAAUUCUGUCAGCGGUCAGCUAUAUUCCACUCCAUCUGCUAUUUUUUGUGUACGCAUGGACCGACUUCAGCAUCUCCCAGUCAACGUACUACGUAGUUUCCCUCAUUACAUACACUCUUAUUUUCGGAAAUUCUUGUUUCAACCCAAUAGCACUGUAUAUGGUUAGUAAAAAAUUUAGACGCUACUUUAACACAUACCUGUUUUGCAGAAGAGAAAGGAAAGCCAGUGAAAGCCAGAAUCAGGCACCAACAGGAAUUUCUGCAAUAAUGGCCGAAGAUACAUUGUAAUUACGUUGCCAAUUAGUUCUGGACAGAGGGACUCGCUCUACAGUAGAGAUAAUUUUUAGGCUUUUGUAAACGUGUAAUUUAGACAAAAGCAGCAUUUCCGUCAUCCUCAUUCAAAAACUUCUGUAAGCGUGACUACAAGACGCGGGGCUAAGAUGUUUAACCCCUCAAAACCCAGUGGCAACAGCAUGCACCACGUGCUUUAACAAUCAGAAAUUCUGCAUUUCUUAUAAUAUGAGCAUUUUUAAGCUUAUAUUUGUACUAUUUUCCCCCAUUAAAGGCUAUACUAUUGUCAUAAGAAAAAUAACAAGAAUACAAUUUACCCAGUCACUUUCAUGUACAUACAUGUGAUCUUAAAAUAAAGAGUGGUUCAUGAUAAAACA